GCUUUUAUCAGCCCGAGCACUCGAGUUCUCCUCUCAUUUCCUGUCGUCGCUUGCCCUCCGUUCUUGUAGGUGAUUCCAUAAGCAAUAGAUUUGUUCAUGGUGGUAAAUAUUUGGGGUUUUGAGGGAUGCAAGGAAUUUCGAGGAUGCGACAAGGCCUUCAAUUUUCCUAUUCAGUCAUUCCAAGGAUUGAUUGUGCUAUGAUCAUGAAUAUUGGCAAAAAAGGAUUCUUGUGGCCAUCACCACCUCUUGGGACUUAAGACUUGAUGGCAAAUAGGUCAGAUCUAGACAUCGAUGAUGACUUCAAUGAAAUUUAUAAGGAAUAUACUGGUCCUGUGGGAUCUGCACCUGCAAAUUCACAAGAGAGAGUGAAAACAAAUAAAAGAUCCCAUGCAGGUUCAGAUGAGGAAGAGGAACCUCGUGAUCCAAAUGCUGUUCCAACUGAUUUCACUAGCAGAGAGGCUAAAGUUUGGGAGGCUAAGUCUAAAGCUACUGAGAGGAAUUGGAAGAAAAGAAAAGAAGAGGAAAUGAUCUGCAAAAUAUGUGGCGAGUCAGGCCACUUUACUCAGGGGUGCCCAUCUACUCUUGGAGCAAAUCGAAAGUCUCAGGAUUUUUUUGAAAGAGUUCCUGCAAGAGACAAGCAUGUCAAAGCCCUUUUUACUGAGAAGGUUGUUCACAAGAUUGAAAAAGAUAUUGGCUGUAAAAUUAAAAUAGAGGAGAAGUUUAUCAUUGUGAGUGGCAAGGAUAGGUUAGUCUUGGCCAAAGGCGUGGAUGCUGUUCACAAAGUGAUCAAGGAAGAAGGUAAUAAAAGGGGAUCAUCUAGUUCCCAUGCAGCUAGAUCUAGGUCGCCUGAACGGAGCCCCGUUGGUUCACGGUUGGGACGCUCUGAACCCCAAAGGUCUUUUUCUAGUCCACAGAACACAUCACAGUUCCAGCAGAGGUUCAGCAGGCAUGAGAAAGUUGUGGAAGACCGUGUUCGUGAGGAUCUGCUGAAAUUAUCAAGGGGUUCUCCACAAGCUUAUGGUAAUGAUGGAGCUAGAGGUCGUUCAAGCCGUUCAAAGUCUCCAGCACGUGGUCCUUACAUGGGUAACGACUAUAAUUCAUAUGAUAAUCAUAAUCAAACCAUGGGGAUCUACAGAACUGAUGGAUGGGAUACCGAGAGACGAGGAUCUGAUAUCCAAUCUGGCCGUAAGUUUGAACACUCAGCCUUUCCCCAGACAUUAGAAGAAUUAGAGCUGGAAUAUAAGAGGGAGGCAAUGGAACUUGGAAGAAUUCGAGACAAGGAAGAAGAUGAAGAGAAUUACAAGCACCGGGAGGCUGUCAGGGAAAUGCAAGAAAAUUAUAUGAAGAAAUUGACUAUUUUAAGGGGCGCUCAAACUAAACAGUGGGAAGAGUUUCUUCAGCUUGAUGCCCAAAGGAGGCAACGAGCUCGCCAACAAAUGCCCACUGCAGGGUUUGGUGGUUAUAAACAGCCCAGUUAUGCUGACUAUGAUGGUUCUCCGGCAAACCCUCACUAUGCAGCGGCCAGUUUACCUAUGGAUCCAAGGGGCAGGUAUUCAAAUGCUAUAGAAAAUUAUCCUUCAUCAAGGCCUCAUGAUGCAUACAGUGAUUUCCAGCGGCCAAGGCGGGAUGAUUUUGGUAAAUCUUACAAUCGGUACUAAAUCAGAUUUAUCAGAAUUGAGUGGGGGUCCAGAUCUUGGUGGAGAGGGGUGGUGCACGUGGAGCCUGUAAUCUUAGGUAAGUAUGUUAGCCAUGCUACUGGAGUUAAGAAAGGAAGCAUGGGAAUUCAUGUAAUCAGAACAGUUUCUUCCUUUUUGGUUUGGUGAUUCUGUUUUGUUUCAGAAUUUCGGUGUAAACAAAUGACAUGGUUAAAGGCUUAAAGCUUACUAGUUAAGAGCUGAAGUAUUAAUGAUCAGUGGUUGAGAAUCUCUUAA